GCGGCCGGUGGGAGAGAAGCUUGGGGGCACCACCGGGGGCCGCACCGCUCGCGGGCGCGCUGCAGUCCUCCGUCGUAUCGGAGUAGGCUCCCUGGCCGUCUCCUCCCAGGAGCUUGUCGCCGGAAGACGUCCCGGACGCAGGCGCUAACGCCAAGCCGCGGUCCCUGGCGCACUCACCUGCUGUCCGGCGCGCAUUCUCCGGAACUGGCCGCGGACGCCUUCACGUCACUAUGGUUACGAGAAAGCUAACCUUUAACGCUACGCGCCCCUUCUCUAUUCUCGCGAGACUCUGGCGUUGCUUCACUUCCGGUCCGUAGGCCGGAGUCCGUUCCCGAAAGCCCUCGCUUCUGGACUACCACACUUCCGGGCACUGCUUCUCUUCCGCCUGCCGGGCCGAGUUCCAUGUUGAGCCCGGAUGCUGCGGGUGCUGCGUGGCUUGCGGGGCGUGGCGUUGCACACAUCUUGGUCUGCCUGGACGAGCACCUUCGGUCAAGCCUGUCUUCCCAACACAGCGACUGCAGAUGAGGGAGUUCCCGAGUUGAGUGUCCCAGCGAUGGCUACUCCCUGGAGGUGCGCCCUGUUGAUGAUCCUGUUGUCCCAGGUGGUGACCCUGGUAAAAUGCUUGGAAGAAGACGACGUCCCGGAGGAGUGGCUUCUUCUGCACGUGGUCCAGGGCCAGAUAGGAGCUGGGAAUUACAGCUACUUGCGGUUGAACCACGAGGGUAAAAUUAUUCUCAGGAUGCAGAGCCUCCGGGGGGAUGCGGACCUGUACGUGUCCGACAGCACUCUGCACCCAAGCUUCGACGAGUAUGAGCUGCAAUCGGUCACUUGUGGCCAGGAUGUGGUCUCUAUACCGGCGCACUUUCAGCGCCCGGUGGGGAUAGGAAUUUAUGGACACCCAUCACACCAUGAAAGCGACUUUGAGAUGAGGGUAUACUCUGACAGAACUGUGGAUCAGUACCCAUUUGGAGAGGCUGCCUAUUCUGCUGACCCUACAGGAGCCAGUCAGAACCAAGCUUAUGCUCCAGAGGAGUCAGCCCAAGAAGAGGAGUCGGUCCUCUGGACGAUAUUGAUUAGCAUUUUGAAAUUGGUGCUCGAAAUUCUCUUCUGAACCCUUAUCUGCACGGAGCAGUUAGUUUGCUGUGGACCUUGCUACUUGACCUGGUGAAAUUCUGGUUCUUUUCUAGACUAGGAUGGAAAAAUAAAGCCAUACAGUUUUGUUACCUCAAUUUACUCCCCAACAGGAAAAGCAGCAAGCACAAUAUUUUAGAGAUUAAAAUCCCUAUAAAAAGGAGUCUGCUCAAUAAAAUGUUUAAAUACAUUUUGGUUAGUCAGGUGAGUAAAAAGAUUAUUGCAGUAACAGGCUGUAUAAAUCAGAUUGUCUUUGUGCUAGUGCAGAUUAAAUCAAAAGGCUGACAACUUUAGAAUUUAUUCUAGACAUUCUAAAUGAAGUACAGCAUUUCAAGUUUUAAAGAGGUACUAAGCCAGGUCAGAAAUGGUACAUGGUACCCGAUACCCAAGCAAGCUUUCCUGGCAGGCACAUAUUUACAAACUGUUGCUGUGCCAGUUGAUGACUAUUCCAUAUCCAGUUGUACCAGAUCUUGGGCAAUCUGCCCUUUCCUCUGCUUGGGCUGACUGGAGUGCUAUGGUUAUUAAGUAACUGUAAUACUACCUAAGCAGGUCAAGAUAGUCAUGACAGAUGCUAACUUUUCAGACUCAAGAAGUAUUUCAAAUUAAGUUGCUACCUCUUUCUGCUGAUCUCUGGAAAGACAGCACUAAGAGAUUAAAAUCUGGGGAAAUGAGCCAUUUCUCUGACUUCCUUUCAAGGGUAGGAAUUGCUAAUAAUGAAAUAAAUCAACGUGAAGAUGUUUACGGUUACAGUUAAUUUCAAAAAAAGUUCUUUAUUGGCAUAAAAAUGAAAGUGUAAAUAAAUUGGCACCAAAUAUCCCAAACAUGAGGGUCAAAAACCUAUUUUAUCCCUCUUUGCUGUUUUUUCCCCUUCUGCCCACUUUCCUGGGUGUUGGGGGAGCUCGCUGACAACAGUCACAAAUCCAGCGACCUAGGAGAAAAAUUGUUAGUUAAUAUGGAGUGGAACUUUAUUUUUAUAGGACUGAGUACAAACCACCUAAACUCAUUCCUGAGCUGUCCAUAGUGAUAACUCUGGGAUUUUUCAGUGGGGAGGGGAGUACUAAGCUCCUUAAGCUAAGGAAGAAAAUGUAAACAACCUUUAAUCAGUGUAAACAAUGCAGUGUGGAAUUUAGUGCAGGGACAAGAUGGGGAAAGGGCACAAAACAAUCAUUUGUACCUUUAGAUCCUUCCUAAAAUUCAAAUACCAUCAUGCUUUUAAAACCUCAACAACACAAUUCCUAAUGUAGAACUUGUUAAUUAAUCUGGCUUUCUAUGAUGGCCUUUCUCCACUAUUCUAACAGCACUCUCCAUGGCACUUAACUAGCACCUAUACCACAUACCUGAGCUGAACUACUACAAAACCUUAAGUGAUUAUUCAAGUUGCUUACUUCUAAAGGAAUUCCAAGAAACUUAGUUUUAUAGAGUACUAUACAGUGUUAACUAUGCAACUAAGUUCUUAAAAUUGCACAAUUACCUGUAUAAUGUUUCAAUAGAAUUACUGUGAUUUACUAUUUGAUUCUGUGUCCAUCCUAAAGUUAUCUGGAAUUGUCAUGCUGCCUCACUUUAUAGAAAGAUGUCUUAGUAUAUAUAAAAGCAUAGCAGUCACUUUGUUAAGUUUCUAAAUAGACAACCUUUAAAAAUAAAAUGAAAGCAUUGAAACAAA